UUAUGGAAUUUACGUUUAAACGCGCCAAGUUCCAUCAAAGAUCAAAGAAAUUGUUUACCAAAUUUAUAAUACUAUAUUUAGGAUUGUACUUCUUAAAUAUUCAAGUUAUAUGUUAUAACAAGUAAUAAUUGUUAUUGAUUGUCAAACGUACAAAAGGAUAUUCAAUUAUAGUUAUAAACAAAAGGGAUCCAGACAUGAAUUCUAAAAAUGCGAUAAAUGUUUCACAAAACUCCAAGGUGGAAAAAAAUAAUAUUCUUGCUGCAUAUCAUAUGUUGAGAUUUUCAGAGCAGGAUAAAGAUUUUAAUAUCGCAGACAUUGAAUGCAGAUCUCUUGCUAUGAAAAAUAUCACAACUAAAUUGUUUGAUGCAGAGGAUACAGCAGCAGUAUUAUUACGAAAGGGUCUUGAUAAUUAUACCGUAACGAUAGAAAGAUGCAAUUGGAGACAGAUUAAAUCUCAAUUGCAAGAAAAUAAUGCAUUAAACUGGAAAUCAAAAUUACAGGAUGAAAGUGCUACAUUGAAUCUUAUAAAGCCUUUGGCUUGUCAAACAAUUAAUACUUUAGCUUGUAAAGGAAGAUCUUAUAAUGAUAGAGACAUAGAGAAAAUAGUAAAUAAUUCAAAGAGAAGCACAGAUAUGCAAGAAAGAAAAAUUUCUUCACAAUUACAAGCAUCUAGCCACAACUCAAAUAAAGAAUUUUUGUUGAAGUCUAAUAAGAGCGAACCAAAUAUAUCUACAUAUUUCUCAAAUAUACAAAGAAAUGAUAAUUCUAGUAAACAUAUAAGUAAUAUCAAACAGAAUGCAUCACAAAUACAAUCAAACCGGCAACAUUCUUAUCAGAAUUUGGAUAAAUUUGUACAAAAGAGACCUAUAUUGAGUAGUAAUAAUACAAAUGAUACAACUAAAAGUUAUGAACGGACAAAUCCACACGCACCAAAGUUAAAACGAGCUGCUUCUCCACAAUUUAACAGUGAAGAUAAUAAAAUAGAAAAGAGCGCAUUCGACUCUUUCAGGAGUGCUAGAGACGAAUUAUAUAUCCAAGAAUUAAAAAGGAACAAAUCAGCACCAAAGAAAACUCUAGGUGGUCGUUCAUCAGCCAAUUCUCAGUUCGUCUGUCCGUUUAAACGAGAUAAGGAAAAGUCGAUGCAGAGUUACAACAAUCCAAUGCAAAACAAAAAUACAGAAGAAGUGGAGGACGAGAGACUAAGGAACAUCGAUCCAAACAUGAUUGAAUUGAUUAGAAACGAAAUCAUGGAGUCAAAUAAGACAAUAACGUGGGACGAUAUCGCCGGUCUCGAGUACAUCAAGAAGAUCAUUAAAGAAGUGGUAGUAUUUCCUAUGUUGAGACCGGACAUCUUCACUGGUCUUCGUCGUCCACCCAAAGGGAUUCUACUCUUCGGUCCACCUGGAACAGGAAAGACUCUCAUUGGCAAAUGCAUAGCUUCACAGAGCAAGUCUACAUUCUUUUCAAUUUCAGCGAGCUCCCUGACCUCCAAGUGGAUAGGUGAUGGCGAGAAGAUGGUUCGCGCGCUAUUCGCAGUGGCUAAGGUUCAUCAGCCGUCCGUAGUCUUUAUCGACGAGAUUGACUCGCUGUUGACGCAACGUUCGGAAACGGAGCACGAAUCCUCCAGGAGACUGAAGACAGAGUUUCUGGUACAGUUAGACGGCGCGACGACCUCGGAAGACGAUCGUAUUCUAAUUGUCGGCGCAACCAAUCGACCUCAGGAAUUAGAUGAGGCGGCGAGACGACGUCUCGUCAAGAGGCUGUACGUUCCUCUACCGGAACUCAAGGCGCGCAAGCAGAUAAUUAAUAAUUUAUUGUCAUCGGUGCACCACAAUCUUGAUGAAGCAGAUAUCGUGAAGAUCGCGGAAAAGUCGGCAGGAUACUCCGGCGCCGAUAUGACGAAUCUGUGCAAGGAAGCGAGCAUGGAACCGAUUCGAAGUAUCCCCUUCAGUCAUUUGGAAGAUAUCAGAAUGGAAGAAGUGAGGCACAUAACGAGUUGUGAUUUUGAACAAGCACUGAUCAAUGUAAGACCUAGUGUGUCUCAGUCAGAUUUGAAUAUUUAUAUUGAAUGGGAUCGUACUUAUGGAUCUGGUACUGCGCUAAAUUCUGUAUAAAGUAAUACAAUGAACAAAUAAGUCAAUUA